AUGGCGGGGGGGGGACGGACGGAUGGGGACGAUGACGACACAGAGUCUCGUUGGACCCUGUCAUCCAGCUCACGGCCCAAAGUCAAGCACAUUUGCUACCAGCUGCUGCUCUUACUGGCUUACACUGGAAGGAUUGGCAUAGGCAUCAAGGAUGAGUUUGUACCCUUCUCAAAUGUGAGUGGAAUCAAGAGUCUCUAUGAGUCUGAAUUGGCUGAUGCUCGAAGAGUUCUGGAUGAAACUGCCAAAGAGAGGGCUAGAUUACAGAUUGAAAUAGGAAAACUGAGAGCGGAACUUGAGGAGUUCAAUAAAAGCUACAAGAAGAAAGAUGCAGAUUUGUCUGUGGCUCAGGGUCGCAUUAAGGAUCUUGAAGUGCUGUUCCAUAGAAGUGAAGCAGAACUCAAUACUGUCCUGAAUGAAAAACGCAGUCUGGAAGCGGAGGUGGCAGAUUUGCGUGCCCAACUUGCUAAGGCUGAAGAUAGUCACGCUGUGGCUAAGAAGCAGUUGGAGAAGGAGACACUCAUGCGUGUGGAUCUGGAGAAUCGGUGCCAGAGCUUGCAAGAGGACCUGGAUUUCAGGAAGAAUGUGUUUGAGGAGGAAAUUAGGGAAACAAGAAAACGACAUGAACAUCGUUUGGUCGAGGUGGACACUAGUCGCCAACAGGAGUAUGAAUCCAAAAUGACUCAGGCCCUGGAGGAUCUGCGAAAUCAACAUGAUGAACAAGUCAAACUGUACAAAAUGGAGCUUGAGCAGACCUAUCAGGCUAAGCUGGAGAAUGCCAAACUGUCCUCUGACCAAAAUGACAAAGCUGCUGGUGCAGCUCGAGAGGAGUUGAAGGAGGCUCGCAUGAGAAUAGAAACUCUCAGCUACCAGCUUUCUGGCCUUCAGAAACAGGCUAGUGCUGCAGAAGAUCGCAUUCGUGAAUUGGAGGAAAUGAUGGCUGGUGAGCGGGAAAAGUUUAGGAAGAUGCUAGAUGCAAAGGAGAGGGAAAUGACAGAAAUGAGGGACCAGAUGCAGCAGCAGCUUACAGAGUACCAGGAACUGCUUGAUGUUAAAUUAGCACUGGACAUGGAGAUCAGUGCUUACCGAAAACUCCUGGAAGGAGAAGAGGAAAGGUUGAAGCUCUCUCCAAGUCCCUCCUCCCGUGUUACAGUCUCUCGGGCUACCUCCAGCAGCAGCAGUAGCAGUACUUCACUUGUUCGCUCUUCCCGAGGCAAGAGAAAACGUCUUGAAGCAGAGGAGUUUUCAGGCAGCGGAACAAGCGGAAUUGGCACUGGAAGUAUUAGUGGCAGCAGUAGUAGCAGUAGCUUCCAAAUGUCCCAGCAAGCUUCAGCGACGGGAAGUAUCAGCAUAGAAGAGAUAGACCUGGAGGGCAAAUACGUUCAACUUAAGAAUAACUCUGAGAAGGAUCAGUCUUUGGGUAACUGGAGACUGAAAAGGCAGAUUGGAGAUGGAGAAGAAAUUGCUUACAAAUUUACUCCUAAGUAUGUCCUCAGAGCUGGGCAGACUGUAACAAUUUGGGGUGCAGAUGCAGGUGUAUCUCAUAGCCCCCCUUCUGUACUCGUGUGGAAGAAUCAAGCCAGCUGGGGCACUGGUGGAAAUAUUCGCACAUACCUCGUAAACUCUGAAGGAGAGGAAGUUGCAGUGAGAAGUGUUACUAAAUCAGUAGUCAUGCGAGAGAACGAAGAGGAAGAGGAUGAAGCAGAGUUUGGAGAGGAAGACCUUUUCAACCAACAGGGGGAUCCCAGAACAACCUCUAGAGGAUGCUCAGUGAUGUGAAGAAAGAAAAAAGAAACUAUUUGCUCUUUUUUUCUUCAUUUAUUUCCUUUUAUUUUUGCUAUUUCUUUCUCUCCAGAGCCACUGAAAACUAUUUUUAUAUGCAUCAUCUGAUUUCUUUGAAGUUUACUCCUUGGUACAUUUUGAUAAAAAAAAAAAUCAAAAAAAAAAAACCUUUACUGAACAAAACUGCCAGAAUUUUUAAGAGAUUUCUUUAUUUUUCCCUCUCUGUUGAAACACUAUAUUGGAAUACAUCAUCUUUCCCCAUACAGAGUUUAAAGUCUUACGUACAAACCUGCAGCAGAAAAGAAAUUUUUAGCUAAAAUGGGAUGAGACUCCUUGAGUGUAUGGUAAAUCUAUAAUUGCAUAUAUAACCAGGAUAACUCAAAAAAA